AUGAGGUCUGGGCCUCUAUGGGCACUACGCAGUGCCAACAUGACAAUCAACGCACAGAUCAACAGACACGCGUGGGCCGGCUGGCUCUUCGUCUACAUAGCGGAGCUCAUCUUCUUCUCGACGUAUCGACUGAGCAACCUCAGUGCUCUCGUUAAGGCCUCAACGACUCCAGACAACGACACGACUCCGAUACGGAUCUAUGGAGUACUAUUGGGUAUCGUGCAGGACUUCGUGGUGAUAAGCUUCUUAAUUCUCGUGCUCUCUUUCUUCGACGCGGCGAUCAAUCACUCGUGUUGCAAUGACACAGCACCGCAUGGAUGCACCGACUGCUUCACACGGGGCAUCCCGUUCUGGUCGCGAACUAAGCUCGUGUUCAAGCGGUUGUUACGGUUUUCAGUGGUUUAUUCUGCGUGUUUGCUGUCUGUCUCGAUUUUUGCGAUGGAUGUCGUGACUGUACGAAGUUACCAUCGCCAAUACGAGUUCAGUUGGAACUCGAAGGAUGAAGAGUUGAUUGGUACGAAGGAACAGGAAGCCAGAACUGCAAUCAAUGUACUCGUUGAAGUGCUGGUAACGCAGGGAAUUAUUGCGGUUGUGACUGCAGGUUGGUUUGAUCUCGCAAGAUGGACACCAUUAGGAUUUGCAACGAGGUGGAAUGGUAUGAACAGUCGAGGUCCAGGACACCCCACGGUGAACACAAGACCUCCUGUCACUUAUCUCGCAAUGGACUCGAACGAUUUCUUCGACUCCGACGAAGAUUUAAACUCGUUUUUCGAUUCCAGCAAUCACCCGAUACGCGGCACCCAGCGACCACAAUCACCGGCAAUCCUGUCGGAGGAUAGACGCGAUCUACCUCCGUCAAACUGCAAGGUUGUUGUGUUUGGCUUCGGGCUCGCAGUCGUAAGUUUCAUCAUCACUCCGUUACUCGUGCUCCUAAUAACGAGCUAUUGCCCCCCUGCCGUAGCGAGCAUAGCGCUCAACUCCAAUCUCAAUGAACCGAUUCGCAGUAUCACGACGCUUUCGUUCGUACCAAGCUGA